GCUUUGUAGUGUUAUGGCACUGAGGAUAGGAAAGAAAGAUUGUGAUGGAAGAAAAUAGAGGAAAAUAAAUGUCAGCAAAAGAUGGCAGUAUAAAUAUUGCAUUGUAGUGAUGGAUGUUAUCUUGAGAGUAUUUAGAAAAAAAUACUUCUGUUUCUUCUGUAGUGAGGCAACAAUGCAGUUUUGAUUUGAACAGGGGCAUAGCCCGUCGGGCUAGGAUACUUACACUAAAUAUAACCCCACACAGAUUGAGAUGAUUAACACUUUGCAUCAAUUUUAAACACAAACACUAUAAUGACAUGGGAUGGUGCCAAGAGAGGGUGAAUGUUGAGCUGGGGUUAGUCAAGAAUGGCAGAGGGGGUACCACAGAGGAUGGAUGGAUGGAGGGAAUGAGGGAGACUGAUAUGAGAGAAAGUACAGUAACAGAUGGAUUUAGAGGGAUUACAUGGAUUCGGGAUGGGUCUGUGACACAAAUUCCCAAGAAAGACAGAAAAAGGAGGAGUGUGGCGGGGGACUCGCACUCAUCCUGGAGCAUAAGAGAGAGUGGGAAAGGAGGAUAAAGGGAGAGGAGCAUCCUGCUGGAGAGGUAAGGGUCACAACUGCCCAUUCUGACAGAGGUAUUAGUCAGAGAGAGGAGUAGAGCAGAGACUACUUGGGUACCCAGGGAUGACAAAAAUGCCGGAAAAUUUGUGCAAAGUAAUUGCUUGGUCAACGUAAAUGUCUCUCAGCAUAUCAGAGAGGGCUGAGGGUAAAAUAGGGACAUUGGAAAGAGGAUAGGAAAGAAAGAUUGUGAUGGAAGAAAAUAGAGGAAAAUAAAUGUCAGCAAAAGAUAGCAGUAGAAAUAUUGCAUUGUAGUGAUGGAUGUUAUCUUUCUUCUGUAGUGAGGCAACGAUGCAGUUUUGAUUUGUUGCCAAAUUUCAGGCUAAGAAUUAGUAGUUCCUAGAACUGAAUAAGCUGUUAAGAGUUUGAAAUGGAGAAAAAUAAUGAUGUACUUCCUGAUGUGCUCUGUAUGGUUGUUUAUAUAUCUUGUACUGUCCAGUCUUUCUGUAAAAAAAAAGACAACUGAAAUGACAAAGAGAAUGAUGAUAAUGCUGUAGGUAACAGAGGAGAAGAGGAUUAUAGUGAAAAUCACAUUUUAUUGGUCGCAUACACAUAUUUAGCAGAUGUUAUUGCGGGUGUAGCGAAAUGGCACUGGGUUUUUAACGUACAGUAGGUCAUUUAGUGUUUUGCAUUUUGAAUUGUUGAUUCAUUGGCCAUUUGUUAUGCCAAUGGAUUUCAGUUUAUUGACUGUUACAGAAUGUGUUGGGUAUUACACUUGAACUGGGUUUUCUUCCACAGAGCCAUGUAAUGACCUAUGUAAACAAUACCUGCAAUCUGAAAAGUUGCCCACCGGGCAUAGCCGCGGGAAGUAGUUUGGGGGUGGGGGUGCUGUGAUUUUAUUUUGCCCACUCUACAGACGGCUAAAUCGGUCUUCUAAUACAGAACUAGUAAAGUCCCAGUGCACUACUUUUUCAUUGGGAUUUUUCUAGGGAUGCUGUAGCACCCUCAGCACCCCUACUUCCCGUGGCUAUGCCACUGGGACUAACUGGUUAAUCUAUCCUGUGUUAACAGUGCAGGGAUCGCGAGCAGUGUGAGAGAGAGACCAGGAGAGAGAGAGCCAGAGUGGGUUUCACACUCCAACACACCUAACACAAACAGAUUACAGCAGAUUAACGUGGAUUACCAGAAAAAUGAUUUAGAUCAGAGGCUUAACUAAUAAUUUCCUCCUCUACUUUAAGUCGUGAGGAGGAUGCCAUGAGAGGUAGAGGCAGGCCAGAACCUCUUAAUCAGGAAGUAGAAAGUUAACGUGGUGCGGGUCACAGAACGGUAUGGAUUACUAAUACCUCCAUAACCAUCUGCAAACACACAUGGAACUCUUGGACCUGUAUGACCCAUCACCCUGAGCAUUACAAUGAGUAAGAUAUACUAUAUAUAUAUCUGCCCUAAGAUGUGAUCAUACGGAAAACACUUGUAUGCCAAAGCAAAAUGUAUUCCAAUCAUAUCUCUCCAUCUGAUGAUACAUCAUAGGUCUGGAUCUAAUAGUAUCUGUAUCAAGUCUGUAUGAUCAAAACUCACUGUAUCCUCCCACUGUAGGACUAGAGUGAAAAGUUAGGCGACAGAGAUCUAGAUAGCAUAUCCGAUAGCUAUGUAAGGUUUAUGAUGAGAUGCGGCUAGGGGCUAGUGAUCUAUUGACUCCCAUUACUGUUGAAUGGUUAGAGAGAAGAGCCAUAGGGAUCUAUAACAGCAUAAACUUUUAGUCCUGGUCGGACAGACGUGUCCUCCUCCCAUCCCUUUCUUUUCUCCUGGUAUGACCCCUCUCCUCCGCUAAAUCCCUUUGUUCAUUUGUCCAUCUGUUAUUUUCCAUCCCUCUUUUAACUUGAAACAAUCUUAUCCAACUCUUUCUCUUUCCCCUUCUCUCUCUAAUCUUGCGUUCCCUUUGUAUACUUUUUCUAAUAUUUUCUCUACAUUGUUUUUAUCUUCUCUUGUUUCUUUUACUCUGUUCUUUCUUGUUGAAACUCUCUUUCACUGAUUUCAAUCAAUCACCAGAACUGUCAUCUUCUUCAUCAUCCUCUACAUCACCAACAACAACCUCAUCCUCACAUACUGCUGUUGAUAAUUAUAUCCCAUCUUCCUCCCUUUGUCCAUCUGUCUUUCACCAUCCUCUUCUUCUCCUUCCCCUGCCCUGUGUCUCUACACACUUCCUCUCCUCCCGCCCUAUCCCUCCUUCUUGACCUUCUCUCCCCCUCUCCCCUCCUCCCUGUGUGGCCAUGUUGGAGAACAUGUCUCGUCGGUCCCGCUCCCUGCUGUCCCUGUCCCUGACCACUCUGGCUCUGGCCCUGUCCAUCCUGGCUCUCUGCACCUCCUACUGGUGUGAAGGGACUCACAAGGUGGUCAAGCCUCUCUGCCUGUCUCCGGUCAAGAUGAGGAACUGUGGUCAGAACAACAGUGAACCCUACACCACAGAGAGCCCAACUCAGAACCCGUACAACAGAACCCUGUCCCCGCAGAGGAGAGAUGAACUGGCUAAUAUCCGCCAGAGACAGCUAGCCAAUGCUGUUCACUACAUCUGGGAGACAGGAGAGGACAAGUACACCUUCAGAUACUUCCACACUGGCUUCUGGGAGAGCUGUGAGAAACACGUUGAUGGUGAGAAGUGUCGCAGCUUUAUUGAGCUGACUCCUGGUGAAACACAAGGUGUGUUAUGGCUAUCAGUGAUAUCUGAGUUCACUUACAUUGGUCUAUUGGGAAUGGGCUUUCUGUUGAUGUGGCUGGAGCUGUUGUGUUCCCAUAAGGAGAUACACGCUCUCAAAAUCAACGCCUAUGCUGCCAUCUGCACCGUACUGUCAGGUCUGAUGGGGAUGGUGGCCCACAUGAUGUACACCACAGUGUUCCAGAUGACCGUCAUUGUUGGCCCUAAAGACUGGAGGCCUCAGACCUGGGACUACGGCUGGUCAUUCGCCUUGGCGUGGAUCUCCUUCAGCUGUUGUAUGGGAGCUGCAGUCUUCACCCUCAACUCUUACACCAAGACCAUCAUCGAGCUGCGCCACAAACAGAGGCUCCGAUUGGAGGAGGCCCGCGCCGCCAGCCACGCCCCUCCCUAUGAUGAGGUGGUGCCCGGGGGCGGGCUCUACUCUGUCAGCGGCCUAUUGCAGUGCCCGGAAGGGAUGAUUGACGUGGCGUGGGCGCCUGACGGGACCGUGAUGGGGGUGGGGAACGGGGAUGUACCAACUCUGGUGUUGGUAGGGGGGUGUGGGCCAGAGGGCUGUGAGGACUGUGAGAGAGAGAUGGAUGAGAUGGAGGAGGCCAUGGAGAGGGAAAGAGCUGAUUCGCCCUGUUAAUAAGAGAUGGGUGGGGCUAAAGAGACCAGAGGAGGACUAUGAGUAAUGUAGUCACAUUACAGGUACUGUAUAUGCACCUUGAGCUCUCAAAAUGGAAAGAGUGAGACAGAGACAGAGUGAGACAGAGACAGUGAGACAGAGACAGAGUGAGACAGAGAAAGAGUGAGACUGAGAAAGUGGGAGGGGAAUAGUUCUGACAUAAGAUAUGAGAGAGAGGGAAUUCUGAUAUAAUUAUCUUGCACUGCUUGUGGGGAAGAAGCAGAACUUUAUGGACAUUGGACACAGGAACUGUGUUGGCUGUAAGAGCGACAGUAUCCCCUCAUUUACAUUUAACAGAGAUCACCUUGACAUACAUGGUUUGUGCUAACACUCCUCAAAUUGUCAUUAAUUAAUACAAUAGUGCCUAAUGGUAAAGGAUUGUUAUACAGUAUACAUGUAUGUAAAUGUAUCCAUGUUGGAAAUAGUUUUACCAUAAGUAUCCAAUACUUUCUGACCUUUGUAAAACAUGCUUUUCACUUUGUCUGAAUGGGUCCCGUUCUGAACCUGUAAAAUAA